AUGCCCUUCACGCCGCGUCUAUUCGGCCUCGCCCUAUGGGCAGUCAGCCAUAUCGCCCCAGUGUCCUCGCAGGAACCUUCUAUUCGGUGCUCUGUUGAAGGCCUCAAUGCCUUGUUUGUACAGGAUGACCGUGCCGAGGUAUUGAUGGCUCAUCCCAUUGGCAAUAAUGGCACCUUUGGUGAGGCGGGAAACGUGGCAUAUCCCCAAAAUGCAACUCAUCUGCCCUCGCUCUGCGUUGCGACAGUCAACGUCACAUCUUCACCAACCUCGUCGUACACGUUUGGUUUGUUCCUACCGGAGGAAUGGAACCAUCGUUUCCUUGCCGUCGGCAACGGAGGCUUCUCUGGGGGCAUCAACUGGUAUGCCAUGGGCACGGGCGUCAAAUACGGCUUCGCAACGAUUUCGACGUCGACGGGCCACAACUCGACAAGCCAGGAUAUGAGCUGGGCGCUCAAAAACCCGGAAACCAAAGCCGACUGGGCCGGCCGCAGCCUCCACGGCUCAACUGUUCUGGCUAAGAAGGUCGUGGAGGGUUAUUACGGACACGCGGCGAACAAGUCCUACUAUUCGGGCUGCUCGACGGGAGGACGACAGGGCGUCAAGUCGGCGCAGGAGCAUCCGGAAGACUUUGACGGCAUUCUUGCUGGUGCCCCAGCGUGGAUGUCUACUAGCCAGCAGUUAUGGCAGCUUAAAGUUGGCGCCAUCAACUUGCCGGAAGACGGGCCUGGAUACCUUCCACCAGCCGUUUUCAAGACCAUUGGAGACGAGGUGCUCCGGCAGUGCGACGGUGCAGACGGCAUUGUCGAUGGUAUCAUUAUGGAUCCCAGACAUUGCAACUUCCGACCGGAGAAGCUGCUUUGCACCUCGAACUCGACGAAUCGCUCUGCAUGCCUGACGGCGCCGCAGAUAUCAACUCUCAAGCAGCUGUACCUGCCCCUGAUCCAAACGGACGCCAACGUCCACAAUCUGACAUACCUCUAUCCCAACUUCGGACUCGGUUCCGAAAUCCAGAUGCCGUCUUCGUUCGGUUCCAAAAACGAGCCCAGCCUGUAUGGGACCGACUACGCAAAGAACUACCUUUUUGACGAUUUGGACUGGGACUGGAGGGCCAGUUUCGGCUACGCAACGUUUGUCGAGGCAGCAAGACUCAACCCCGGAAACGUCAACGCCGACAACUUUGACCUGUCAGAAUUUCACGGGCGAGGGGGCAAGUUGAUCCAGUACCACGGCUACGCGGACGGCCUCAUACCGACGGACGUCAGCCGAGUGCUCUACGACGAGACGUGGAUGGCAAUGGCAGAGAAGGGCGUUGAUCUGGACGAGUUUUACCGUCUAUUCUUCGUCCCGGGCAUGCAACACUGCUCCGGCAGCGUGUACGACGCGCCGUGGUACUUUGGGGGAAGCGGGCACUCGUCCAACUUGGAGGCGAACGGGCAGCACGCGUUUCCCGUGCCCGGCCUGGACGACGCAGCGCACGAUGCGCUGAUCGCGCUUGUUUCGUGGGUAGAGGGCGGGAAAGGCGUAGACGAACUGGUGGCGACGAAGUACGCCAACGAUACCGUUGGCAACGGCGUUCUGAGGCAGCGUCCGAUCUGCAAGUAUCCUGGUUAUGCUUCGUGGGAUGGUAAGGGAGACGUGGAUUCUGCGGCGAGUUGGAGCUGUGUAGGCUACGAUGUGUGA